AUGCAUGUUGACGGCACACUUGUUAAAAUAGUGCGUACAACGGUUUUACAGAAGUUAAGGUUACGCACGUUUUUACCUCCGAGGGUUUCAAGCCCAAACAUUGGUCUCGAACCCUUACCUGGGAUCGCAAAUCCAGAUCUUGGGUUUGAAACCUUGAUUAAAGCUUCAAACGAAAAAGAAAUUAACAGCGAUGAAAAGAAUACCAACUAA